ACGGCUCCGGCAUCGCUGGACCUUCUUGCUCACCAAGAAGCCCAACUCGCGUCCAUCAUAAGCCCACCUCCGUCGCCACUACCACCCCCGCUCCGCUCCUCUCCUCGACGCCGAGUCGCCGACGCACCCAUCCGAACCCUCCUCCGCGACCUCGCCGCAGCUCCGGCCAUGUCGAUCUUCGAGUACAACGGGUCCGCCGUGAUGGCGAUGGUGGGGAAGAACUGCUUCGCUAUCGCCAGCGACCGGCGGCUGGGCGUGCAGCUGCAGACCAUCGCCACCGAUUUCCAGCGGGUGUUCAAGAUCCACGACAAGCUAUACGUCGGCCUCUCGGGGCUCGGCACCGACGCCCAGACGCUGUACCAGAGGCUGGUGUUUAGGCACAAGCUGUAUCAGCUGCGGGAGGAGAGGGACAUGAAGCCGGAGACCUUCGCCAGCCUCGUCUCUGCACUCCUUUAUGAGAAGAGAUUCGGGCCAUAUUUCUGCCAACCAGUCAUUGCUGGACUUGGAGAUGACAACAAGCCGUUUAUUUGUACCAUGGACUGCAUUGGUGCAAAGGAACUAGCCAAGGAUUUUGUUGUUUCUGGGACAGCAUCGGAAUCUUUGUAUGGUGCUUGUGAAUCCAUGUACAAGCCAAACAUGGAACCUGACGAACUCUUCGAGACUGUAUCCCAAGCUCUGAUGUCAUCAGUAGAUCGUGACUGCCUUAGCGGGUGGGGAGGCUAUGUGCUGAUCGUAACACCGACUGAAGUGAGAGAACAUGUGGUGAAGGGCAGGAUGGACUAAAUCAGCACCCUAGAAUUCUUAGCCGCUUUCCGAUGCUUUGAUGCCGGCAUGUUACCUCCGGUCUGACAGCAGUAUAUCCGUGUUGUGUUUGGAUUGUGAAGUAACAUUGUAUCAUCACAGUUGAUGUUACAUUCUCUGAGAGGGAACAUUUGAUUUAUUUACCCCAUUACCACUAUCUUUGUUUGGCGA